UAUAUAAAACCUCACUUCCAGUUUCCACACAGUACUUCAGUGAAUCUAAAACCUCAGACAUGGACGACCCUCGACAAAAUGGCUCCACACAUAUUCUAUCAACAACACUCCGGCUAUGGUGACAUCAAGGAUUAAUAUCGCCAGAUGAGUGGGGUCUUUUCGAUGCUCAACUCAGUCAAUCUCGGAUAAGCCUACCAUUAAGCCUUUGCGUUUUUACUAGGCUAUUUCAUGCAUUUUUACGCACGGUCGAAUCUAUCGAAUAACCGUUGAAAUGAUAGAAAAACUGAAACCAGAACUUAUGCAUCUCAGUCCUAUGGUCAACGAGUGCAAGUCCCCACAGCACGACAGUUUGACUACUUCCAUAACAGGUCGUGUCAGUGGGGAGGGGGGCGAAGCUGUUAGCGAGACACAGGAAAACACGACUGCGGCGUCGGGGGACUCAGCUGAGAGGAAGCAGGUCCCCAGGGAGCACUGCAACCGGACUAUCUUCAUUAAUGGCGUUGCCAAGGAAACGGCGUACCACAGCGAGCUAAAAAAGUUAGUACCGGUUAUCGAAUUGACCAGGAGAGGAGGGUCGGUGGAUAUAAAAGCUAGGGAGCAGACUGCAGACAUUAACCACAAGGUACAGACCACGGAGCUGUGUAGACCGCCGAUACCCCUGCCACUGGCUUCCUGGGACCCGUUGAGCGAAACUCGAAUGGUGCAGUUGAGCCCGCUCGCCGUCCCUCUCCCUGCACGAGCGAUGCUGUACAGUAACUUUGCUCAACCACUCGCCACCAUGAACAGUGGCUACGGUGGCGAGGCAGAACAGUAUGGCAUGUACCCCAGCCAUCGGAUCAAACGACGAACCGCGCCUUAUGAGAUUGAAAUCAACGAUGAUAAUGGCUCGCAGCCCAAAAUUGUGCGGCGGAUCUUCACCAACAGCCGUGAGCGUUGGCGCCAGCAGAACGUGAACGGGGCAUUCGCUGACCUCCGCCAGCUCAUCCCCACCCACCCGCCCGAUAAGAAGCUCUCCAAGAACGAGAUCCUCCGACUGGCCAUGAAGUACAUCAACUUCCUGGCCAAGCUACUAGACGACCAGGAAGGUGUGGUGGGGGGCGGAAACGUCAGCGGUGCUGAGGGGGCCUGGGCUCCCGAGGGCCAUGAGGAGAGCCUGGUCCGGGAGGAGCUCCUCCAGGGCAUGCUGUCAUCCAGCAACUCCAGCUGCGGGAGUCUUCUGGGCGGGGAUGGGAGUCCCGACAGCUACACCGAGGACCAGGACUCGUCUGUCGAGUCUCGAACGCAAACCUCCAGGGUUCUCCAUCCUCACUCUGGACUCCAUAUGGACGAACGCAACCACAGAUGACUCAGCAUUUUCCCUAUGUGGAGAAGAAAAGAGACAAUGUGAGAAGCAGGAGGUUGGCGAUUUGGAGCAUUUUUCCACCUGGGUAGAGAGGGGUCAAUAGGGUGUGUCGAAUGGCGAUGCAUUUGUGUGUACAAAUUUGCUCUUUCUCUUCUUCCUGUGUCGCUCAAUGGCUCUGUCUGUUAUUGGCCAAUCCAGAGGAGGGUGUGUUCUCUGGUUGAACAUGAGACUUUGUCACAGCUGCUGUUGUAAGCAGGUGAUGGAUUUAGAAGUCAUGAAAGUACAAACUAAGAUGAAAAUGAAGAAAAUAUUUAAAAACAGUGAAGGUGAUUCUGGAAAAAGGCAUGAAAUUGCAAAAUGGUACCUUUUCUUGUCUAAGGUGAAAGUUUGUUUAGGUACACUGCUUGACUCUAAACAAGAAUGAGAACUGUGUUCUUAAGUACUCCAGACUACUAAAUGUAAGUGACUUGUCUUCAUCUUAGGGUCCGCUAAAGUUCUUUUGAGUUCCUUUAGAACCUAACAUUUGGGGUUUAUCAAAUAAUAACGUCCAGACCUGAAGUCCAGAAAUGGUUUUCUUGCAGAUCACCUCUUAGUUGUUGGAUGGCACAGUUCAUCCCCAGCACAAAGAGUUAUUCAGUGAGAUAACUGAUAAUAACCGAUAAUCGGUCAAGACAAAAAAGUGUGAGAUCUCAGUGUGGCUGUCAAUGUUGGGAGAAGAACAAAAUGUUUAAUAGUCUACUUGUUAAUGUGAUAUUCACAUAAACUACAUGGUUGCAAUAUUUACCAUACAAAAUGUAAAUGAGAUCAUAAGUACGACGCAUGUACACACACACACACACACACACACACACACACACACACACACACACACACACACACACACACACACACACACACACACACACACACACACACACACACACACACACACACACACACACAUACCAUUCGAAGUUAACUGAGAGCCAAAACAAAGGAGGAAAUCAUUCCUGUCCAAUAACAGAACAAUAAAACAACAUUAUAAUAUCUCUGUAUCUAAAGAUAUUUAAAGACAGGUACAAGCAUUCCACUCUAAGUGUACAUAAAACAGACAAUGGUAAAAAAAUGUAACUGCUUCUUUCCCUGUAACCAUGGUACAUUGAGUUUAUCCUAUUUUUUCAUAUUCACUUCUUUCUUUUAUUGAUAACAUUCAUAAAGGAAGUGUUUUACCACUGUAUUUAACAUAAUGUGCAUGCUAUUUCAGCAGACUAUUGAGUAACCAGAAUUGGUACCUUUUAAUUCUAUAAUGUAUUAAAUAUAAAGGGUUAUUUUUUGUGUGAUAUUUUGUAGGAUAAAACCUUUCGUUGUAAAGUGAUUAAAGAGCCAUCUAUAAAUACAUGCAAUGUUAUAUCUCAGAGAAUUGUAUGAAACCACAAAAUAAAACAUGGAG